AUGUCCCGCUCACACUCUCACAUACAGGACGCCGUGGAGAGCAGAGCGCACUCGAACGCACCGCAGACCCACCCUCCUCAGACCCACAGACCCGCCCUCCUCAGACCCGCCGCAGACCCGCCCUCCUCAGACUCGCCGCAGACCCACCCCUCCUCAGACACCGCAGACCCCCUCCUCAGACCCACAGACCCGCCCUCCUCAGACCCACCCUCCUCAGACCCACCCUCCUCAGACCCACAGACCCACCCUCCUCAGACUCGCCGCAGACCCGCCCUCCUCAGACUCGCCGCAGACCCGCCCUCCUCAGAUCCGCCGCAGACCCGCCCUCUCAGACCCACCCUCCUCAGACCCACAGACCCGCCCUCCUCAGACCCACAGACCCGCCCUCCUCAGACCCACCCUCCUCAGACCCACCCUCCUCAGACCCACAGACCCGCCCUCCUCAGACCCACCCAGACCCGCCCUCCUCAGACCAGACCCCCCUCCCAGACCCGCCCUCCUCAGACCCGCCCUCAGACCCACAGACCGCCCUCCUCAGACCCGCCCUCCUCAGACCCACCCUCCUCAGACCCGCCCUCCUCAGACCCGCCCUCCUCAGACUCCUCAGACCCACCCUCCUCAGACCCAGACCCGCCCUCUCAGACCCACCCAGACCCGCCCUCCUCAGACCCGCCUCCUCACCCAGACCCGCCCUCCUCAGACCCAGACCCGCCCUCCUCAGACCCACAGACCCGCCCUCCCACCUCCUCAGACCCAGACUCAGACCCACCCGCCCUCCUCAGACCCACAGACCCGCCUCCUCAGACCCCAGACCCGCCCUCCUCAGACCCACAGACCCGCCCUCCUCAGACCCAGACCCGCCCUCCUCAGACCCGCCCCUCAGACCCGCCCUCCUCAGACCCACCCUCCUCAGACCCACCCUCCUCAGACCCACAGACCCACCCUCCUCAGACUCGCCGCAGACCCGCCCUCCUCAGACCACCCUCCUCAGACCCACAGACCCGCCCUCCUCAGACCCACCCUCCUCAGACCCAGACCCGCCCUCCUCAGACCCACCGCAGACCCGCCCUCCUCAGACCCACCCUCCUCAGACCCUCCCAGACCCGCCCUCCUCAGACCACCGCAGACCGCCCUCCUCAGACCACAGACCCGCCCUCCUCAGACCCACCCUCCUCAGACCCACCGCAGACCCUCCCAGACCCACCCUCCUCAGACCCACAGACCCACCCUCCUCAGACUCGCCGCAGACCCCGCCCUCCUCAGACCCCCUCAGACCCGCCCUCCUCAGACCCACCCUCCUCAGACUCGCCGCAGACCCACCCUCCUCAGAACUGCCGCAGACCCACCCUCCUCAAAACUACCGCAGACCCACCCUCCUCAGACCCACAGACCCACCCUCCUCAGACCCGCAGACUCACCCUCCUCAGAUUCGCGCCUCUGCUCAUCCCCUCGCUCCUGUUGUCAUGGCGACGGUGGAGACAGCUCCGCGGAGAGUCCGACAGUCUGGACUUCAGGGACCGAAGCUGA